AUGGUGAGAGAUGCUAUGGGGGCUGGUGAUGCCGAGCUAGAGUUAAGAAAAGCUAAGGCAGAGGAGUUUGUGAGCUUGAAGCAGGGUAAGAAGAGUGUGGAGGAGUAUGCCUUAAGGUUUCAACAGUUUUCCUAUUAUUCUCCUAAGUUGGUAUCAAGCAAGAGGUCUCGAAUGAGGAAGUUUGCUUCUGGGAUGUCUCUUGAAUUGUUGUUGGAGUAUAAGGAUACGAUGUUAAAUAAUAAUAUGGACAUCUCCAGACUAGUAGUGGUCCUAAGGCGCAAAGUGCCUAGUCUCAAGUUGGUGGAGUUUAUUCAGCCUCACCUUACCCUCAUUGCUAAUUUUGUGGUCAGCUUUACCGUGGUUAUUGUGAGGAUGGGAGGAACUUGUGAUUCAAUUAUGGUGGAAAUAGUGAUGGCUUUAGAAGAGAAGUUUGGAGUGUCGAUUGGAGAAGAGGGAGCUCAGAACAUUGCCACCGUCCAAGAUGCUGCUGAUCUCAUCGAGAAAGUCAAGGCAGCAUAA